GGCGCGCGCGGCCCGUCGCGGCCUGACCGAGAGGCGCCUCCGCCCCGCCGUGCUCGGGGCUCCGCUCGCCCGGGGCUCCCCGCCCGCCGUCGCUCCGCGCCCGGGGCCGCCCUCCCGCCGCCAUGAAGCUCGUCAGGUUUCUAAUGAAGCUGAGCCAUGAGACUGUGACCAUUGAGCUGAAGAAUGGGACGCAGGUGCAUGGAACGAUCACAGGAGUGGAUGUCAGUAUGAACACGCAUCUCAAAGCAGUGAAAAUGACACUGAAGAACAGAGAGCCCGUUCAGCUGGAGACACUGAGUAUUCGAGGGAACAACAUCCGCUACUUCAUUCUGCCGGACAGUUUACCUCUGGAUACUUUGCUAGUGGAUGUUGAACCAAAAGUCAAAUCCAAGAAAAGAGAAGCAGUUGCUGGAAGAGGCCGUGGAAGAGGCCGUGGCAGAGGCCGAGGUCGUGGAAGAGGAAGAGGAGGCCCAAGACGAUAACUUCUCGUCAUGCAACUCCUGCCAAGUUUUGAGCAAUCUCAGCUAUUUUUUGUACAGGUCUGUUUAUGGUAUCCAUUUUUAAUAAACUGAAAUGUGAAAAGGUGUUUUUCCUUUGUUAGCAAAGCCCAGGGAGGGAGGCAGGUGUGUCCUGUUUCUAGGGCUGUUGCAGACUACAUGGAUCUUGGUUGUCACUGUCACCCACCCCUGGAGACUGUACAGUUCCCUUUGCUUUUUGCCCCAGAACGAGAGAUUGUGUUGUGCUUUAGCAAUGUUUGAAAUUAAUCCCACUUUUCUAAGGCACUUGCCAUCUUCUAAUGGUUCCAUAGUUAAGAUGCUGUAUUAAGAAGCCCUGUCCCAUGAGUGUGUCUCUAUUACUGUUCUUCAGAGCAACCUUUUCUAAAGUUCAUAGAUAUAGUUUUAAUGUUUUCUAUUACAUGAAGCUUGCAAUUUAAACAUGUUGCUUUCUUUAUAAAACAUUUACACAGGGAAAUUAACCAGGUCCGUGGAACUGCUGGACUGUUACAUCUGAUGAUUAAAGAAUACCUGGAUAUGAA